AAAGCUAGUCUAAAGCCGACUUUGCUCAGUUCCAUUGCUUCUGCAUGCAGUAGCUUGCAGCGUAGUCAGAAAGGGGGAAGCAGCGGCGAAAUGAACGCCUGCGACAUGCAAUAGUUAACGUAAAGGUGUGGAACUCCAGUACUUUCUGCCAACCAACAUAAAUGUGACAUAAGUAGAGCUCCUCCCCUCCCUCUCUAUCUGCAUCUGUAAUCUUUCACAGGCUCCCAACCCUGGCGUGUUCAGCCAAUCUCUGUGAGCGAAUGACAGGCGCUCGUCACUCGCUGGCUCCUCGCUUUCUCUCCCUGGUGUUGCAUACAGCAGCCUGGUUUGUAAAAUGGAAUACGGUAGAGAGACAGUCCCCAGGCAGAGGCUACUCUGCGCCUGUAGUUUGAAAGUUCAGAAAAUGGGAGAGAAACAGACCGAUGGCCAGCUCCUGCCGGCAGCAAGGGGAGUGUACAUUGGUCCAAACAUUCAGUUUUUCUAAUCUGCAAUCAAACAUCAUCGACAUCUUACAGCGAAUUCUCCCGUCUCUUCAGAUUAAAGCUGGGAUGAACUUGGUGAUAUUUGUUUUCCCCAGGGUAACACCCCGAUCCUGUGGGAAUGACUCCAUGUGCAUCCUGCAUCAAGGACCACUGGAAGACGGUUGAGAGAUGGCAAUGACGAGCUCACACCUCCCAGUCUUCUCCUCUGCCCUCGGAGGUCUUACCUUCAAAUCCCAAAGAUUUGUGCUGCUGCUGCUUUGUGCCUGUAUGGUAGGCAAUGCUUCUGUAACCUGCCCUCCAGUCUGCAUUUGCGCAAGUGACAUCAUUACUUGCGCCAACAAGAACCUGACCACUGUGCCAAGGAUGCUGCACAAAGUUGUGACCAGCCUGGAUGUUAGCUAUAACAGCAUCAGCCUACUUGACUUCAGCUGGGCCCCUACUAUUUUAGACAGACUGAAAACCCUCAUUCUCAAUCACAACAGUAUUGAUUUCCUCUCCAGGGGGGCCUUUGCCUCUACGCCACAGCUGCGAUAUCUAGACCUGUCCUCCAACAAGCUGAAAACAUUGCAAAACGCAACGUUUCAGGGUUUAAACUUCCUGGAAACCCUCCUGCUUUACAACAAUCAGGUGGCCCAGCUCAGUACUGGCACUUUUGAAGGCCUGUACAAACUUCGGAAGUUGUAUCUCAGUCGGAACCUAAUCGCCCACUUUCCCUUGCACUUGUAUAAAGGGCAGUCCAGACUUCCACUACUCGAACUGUUAGAUCUGUCCUUUAACAGACUAACCUCUGUGCCGGUCUCACAGGUAACGGCACUGCCUGUUAGGCUGCAGAGCAGUUUGUAUCUGCAUGCAAACCCGUUUACUUGUGAUUGUUCUUUCUACACGAUGGUCACUUAUUGGUAUAAGAGGCGCUUUAGGUCUGUGGUGGAUUUUAAAGAUGAUUAUAGGUGUUAUUUUCAACUUGACUCCACGAGAAGUGUUAGUAUUUUGCUGAUCCAUGAUGACCUUUUGAAUUGCUCCAACAGUACUGUCAAUGGUUCCUUUCAUGCCUUAGGGCUGCUUUAUGAGGCUCACUUGGGGGAAAGGCUAGUGAUAAACUGUGACAGCAAGAUUCUGGAUCCAAAUACAAGUGUUCUAUGGGUCACACCAAGGAAUAACACAUUGCAGCCAGGCAUUCAACUUCAGGAUCUGAGGGUAUUAUUGAACGGAAGCCUUGAGAUUCAACAGGUCCAACCUGAAGAUGCAGGCACCUAUUCUUGUAUAGCAAUUAACAGCAAACGAAUGUUAAACGAGUCGAUAGAGGUAAUGCUGAGGGUGCACAAUUUUACACAAGCUGGGCAGCGUUUGCAAACCUUUAACACUGCCUUCACCACACUCUCCUCCUGCCUCGCCAGCAUUAUUUUGGUCCUGAUCUACCUUUAUUUGACACCUUGCCGCUGUUGGUGUAAAUCCAAGCAGAAGCACAGAAGGCCAAAUGGAAACAGUGCCCACUCUUCGAUCCUGAGCACCGCUCCCUCCCUUGAAGCUGCCAGCGUGGAGAGGAAAGCCAGCGCUUGCAAGCGGGUGGUUUUCCUGGAGCCACUCAAGGAGCCUCUGAAAGGUCAGAAUGGGAAAAUGAAACUGCACCCCACCAAUCACACUGUGGCUGAAAAUAUCCUGAGAGGCAAAAGAAGCAAAGCCAACAUUGACGCUAUCAGUUCGGUGUUCUCAGAUAAGCUAAACGUGGCAUAAUCUGAACAUCAUGGAUGUGGUUUUAUCAGAAGUUAGAUUGCUUCCAAUUAGACACAAUGAAAGAAUCGAAAGAACUGCGAACGCUGUAAAUCAGGAACACAAAUAGAAGUUGCUGGAAAAACUCAGCAGGUCUGGCAGCAUCUGUGAAGAAAAAAAUCAGAGUUAACUCUUCAGGUUUGGUGACCGUCAGAAAACUGAAAGAAUCGGCUGCCUCUCAACAUUGGCAUUUAUGGUGAAUCCUGCUUGUGGAAAGAUGAAAGCUGGACUGAAGGACAGUUCUGCUUCUUUAAUGCUAAUCGGGCUAUGUCACCUUGGAGAGAGGUUUUACAAAUCUACUUCGUUCUUGGACCCUUCAUGAGAGCAGAAGUACACACUGCUCUACUUUCUGAAUUCUGCAUUAUUAUCCUGGCUGUUUUGCUUGUCAUAAGUUAUAAAUAAAUUGAAACAAAUGAACUUGACACUCAGGUGAGAUGCCAUGGUGAAAAUGUUUUACAGGAAUGACUAUGCCGAUGUUUACAAGCCUUCUGUCAAGUUGACAUAGCCCUUUUGAAGGUCUCAUUGUUGUGAAAUAAGCCUAGUGAUAUUUUACUCAAUCCUUAGAAGCCAACAGUACAAUGAAGCCUCUUUAAUGGUCUUGCAUCCACUUCAUACACACCGGCAGAUAACAAGCAAUGCUAAUUUUGCUCUUAUAACUAAUGAAGCUAUGUAAAAAGAUUAAUCUUUGCCACUAAAACUCAGUACACUGUUACAAUAUUCAAUUUGUCAUGGACCUUAUUGCAAAUUAUAUUUUUAAAAAUUCCAAAGACAAACCAUCAUUCAGACCAGCCUGAUGACAGUAAACAUGUACUGUAUCAUUUGUCUUCUCACUGCUGUACAAACAUUGAGUAGGGGCCUACAUUUGUAUGGUAGAGUAUAAAUUAAACUUUUUGUACAAUGAUUUAAAGCAUUGCCCACAUUUCUAAUAUGUACAGUACUGGAUAACACAUUAAUUUAUCCCACGGGUAGAGGAUUGGAAAGUUGCAAUGAUGUCAGUUGCUAUAUCAUUGUAGAUUAAUAAAAUGGAAGGGUUACCAGCAUUAAGAUCACUGGUUCAUUGGCAAGAAUAUUGAAGUCUAUGUACUGAAAUCCUACGACUGGAGGAUUUCAAUUCAAUGACCCAGUAAAACAUCAGACAUUGCAAUCGGAAAAUGCCAUCCAAAAUUUCAGCCUCUGAAGGUACUGAUGUUUGUCAUUCCCAACAGUAUAAGCUUCAUCAGCUCAGCCUCGGCUACAAGACUCACGAGGGACGUGUCAAAAAAAAACUCUCCAGUAUUUUUUCUUUAUUUUAAAAGUUCAGACAUACCUCUCAGUUCUUACAGUCAUGGAAGAGCGUUGAUGCUGCCAGAAUAGACCGUUCUGUCUAACUUAAUAGAAAGGAAAAGAGGUGAAAUUGUGAAAAUAAAUUAAAUAAUCAUUAAAAUGAUCGAUAACACAUUAUGGAAUAAAUUACUAUUUAUAAACUUUAAAUGAAAUUAUUUAAUUAAAGAAUUUAUUUCAAAUCUAAAAAUGGAAGGUAGAACACUAAGUGUUUACUUUGAAUGUGAAGCAAUUGGUUUGUACUGAUAUAUUUAAGAAAAAUAUAAAGGACUGUAAAUGUGGUAUUUUGUAGUAUCAACUCACUGUAGGAGAUAUUUAUCUUUGUUACCAUGAUCUUAGAGAUAUUAUUGUAUAACAUAUAUAAUAUCCAAAAAGCCCUUUGAUAUUCAUU